CUGCUUCUGUAUUAUUUAUUUUUUUCCGAAUAUCUAAACAUCAGCAUACAUGAAGGCUCCAAUUAGCCACUCAUAGAUACAACAUCAAGUGCCUGUCAAAAGCAGCAUAACAUGUAAUGGCGUACCAAAAUGGAGGAUCGAUCGCAUCUACGCAGGAUGAAGAAACCGUAAGCUCGCUGCUCAAAUUUAAACGCAAGGCACGAGCCGUAAAGUCUUGCUUUCCUUGUCGUCACCGUCGCGUACGUUGUGAUGGCGGUUUACCCUGUUCGAGCUGUAUUGCACGUGAUCACCCAGAACUUUGCCAACGUCAAGCCGGAACUUCCAGCAGCGGUCCGCUUCCGGUCCAAUCAACGGAACCAGCGGACCCUUCCGUUCGCUUGGCCCAGGAUGGUCUCAUUAAUGUCGGAAGGGUAGAUGAGGAUCCAGACCUGGUGAUUCAACGGCUAGAACACAUAGAAGAACAGAUCACCUCUAUCAAAGCCGACCUAAAACGGCAGGCACAAAACAAACCCGCUACCACCCCAUCAAGCCCUGGAUAUAUUCAGAUACCUGCGAAAUCAGUUGGUCAACACUUCAUCGAGCGUGAUACAGGCGCCACCAUCUUCCUAGGUAAUCAAGCAGAUCCUCCGUCGGCUUUGGGACUUCUCCCCUUGUUGGCCGCAAAUACAGUAGCGGAGGAGCCUGCACCGCGGACCUACGCCUUCACGAACUUGUGGGCGCCGGAGGUAAGACUGGACGAAGUUUGCAAGACUUUACCAGAAGACCGUGACAUGAUACGAUAUUGGCAAGUCUAUCAAGCUAGCGUCUACCCUUAUUAUCCAGCCCUUAUAAGCCUGGACGAAUUUAGCGUAUUACUUUUCGCCUUCCUAGACUGCGAUCGAGAAGAAAGAGCGAAAACGGCUCCGACAUGGCUUGCACUUUUAUUUGCCGUCCUUGCCUGUGGCGUUCAGUUCUCAGAUGAUGCUAUUGAAGAACGAGAGCUCAGGUCAAAAGUCUUUAUAUGCUCGUCAUUUCAAUGCCUUCGAAUAUCCAACCUCUUCAACAAUGCGGACGUCAAUACCAUUCAAGCAAUGGCGCUGGUUGGUCAUUGUCUACGCAACAACCUAGACACAAACACCGCUUGGAUAGUAAUGGGGCUCACAAUACGAUUGGCACAGAGUAUUGGCCUCCAUGAAGAGCCGCGUGGUGCAGAUAGUCCUGGACCAGCGGUUAAGAGAAAGCGAUUGUGGUGGAUGCUGCUCUGGCAGGACGCUUUCCUGUCCUUCACAUAUGAUCGACCACCAAGUACCAGCCUUGUGACCGUUAGCAUUCCUUAUGAGUCCCCAGAAGGCUUUACGUUUGCCGACUCCACCAUAACUAUCAUCAAGGUCAUCUUGGACCGAUCCAGAGAAGACCCAAGCCAGCUGAAUAGCCUCGAUCGCUUUGAGCACUACAAACGGCAAUUCGAAGCAAUCUUCGAGAGAGCUGCACCAUUCCUUCGUGACAAGGCCAGCUGCAGAACUCUUCAGAAUCAUCUCGAAAGGCUUGCCUUGCAUAUACACAUUGGCUAUGCAAAGUGCAGCAUAUUUCGGGUAUACUUUGAAAUGAAUGCCUUUGAUCUCGCAGAGAAAGAAGCGCAAACAUUAGAAUAUAGUUCCCAUGCCGCCAGCGUUGUGCAGAGCUUCUUAGAUAUGCAUCGCUUGUCGGCCAAUGCUUGCCGUGCGUCUGCAUUCAUCCAUAAUGUUGUUAGCUCAGCCGUAGCUUUGAAGGCAUUGAUGAGCAAAUCGCCGAGCUCACCAAGCUCUGAAAAUCUUUGGGACGGCAGCUUUGAGCACUCUAUCCAGCGCUUAAUCAAACUGCUGGAGAGAGAACAAGAAAAAUCGGAAUGGACCGAUUCAGACACGAACGUACGCCACUUUGGGCCAUACUCAAGAGCCCUGAUUGCGUUAAAGGGGUCCUUUGUUUGAGCUCGAACGCGGGGCAUUGAUAACACUUGUUUA